AGGGCUUCAAAAACAAAGACUGCAGGCCCUCCAAGAAGGAGAGCAUUGGGUCUCAGAAGGACUUCAUGGAUAAAGACUCCAGGCCCCUGAAGAAGAGGAGAAUUGUCUCUCUGGAGGGUUUCAUAUCCGUUGUGGGGAAGGAGACAGAAGGCGAGGGUCCUGCUGAUGGCCUGGGGAGUCCGGGCUGUCAGGACAUGGAGAGUGGGCCCAAGCAACACAUGCCAGAGCCCAGUAUUGACCUGGGCAUAGGGCCAACCUUCCCACUCAAGAGGAAGAAGAAGAAAAAGAAAAACAGGAGCAAAGAUAGGCCAUUGGAGAGGACAGAAGAGCGCUGCUCUGGGUUGCUGUCACUGGACAGCUCCAGGAGGGCUGAGCUGGAGCCUUGUGAGACACCCUGGAGCGUGGAGGCUGGAGAGAGGAAGCACCGCAAGCGCAGGCGGAUGGAAAGCGUCAGCAGCCCGGCCACCAACGCUGUCCCUGCCGCCACCACCACCCAAGUGGCAGCUCGUGCCAAGGGCAGCCAGACUGGAGACGAGAGAUGCACCCUGGCUGCCCUGAGCCCUGCAGCCAGCAACUGGGCUGGCACAGCCCCUGGGGGCCAGGAGACCAGCGUGGUGGGCGAGCUGCUCCAGGACUCGUUGGACAAGGCUUAUGGCAAACAAGUCCUGACCUGGCAGGGCGAGGUUUCGGCUGUCAGCCAGGAUGCCAUUCAGGACACGGCGUUGGCCCGGAGUGAGACCAUCAUCGAUGAGUGGGACCAGGAGUUCGACAAAGGAAAGGUAAAGAAAAUGAAAAAGAUGAAGCAGGAGAGGAAGAGAGACUCGAAUCCCUUCCAGAAGUUGCAGAACAAGCGCAACUUCUGGUUGAUGUCACAUCCUGCCAAGAUGGCCAGCCUGGGCCACCGGCUCUCGGGUUGAGAUCUGCAUCCCCCAGACAGCUGAUGGGGCAGUCCCAGGCGAAGGACCAGGGGCAGCACUGUCCUGGGAGCUGUUGGUGGACCAUGCUCAGAGAGCGGCCCCUGUCCUGGGGUCGUGCCUUCCCCUUCUGGGAGCUUCUUUUCCACCUGCGGAGGAGCCUGCCCACGCUGCCGUGCCUCCAACGUGCCUUGGCCAGGCUCCUCCUCACUUCUCCGUGCCUCUUCCCCUCCUUUCCCCAGCCCGCACCUGCGGGGGCUCCUGGGAAGUGCCUCGAGACCGUCCGUGCUGCUCCGUGUCAGCGUGUCUCCCGCCGCCCCUCGCCUUCCCGGACCGCUCCCUGACCCCCAUUCCCUGCGCAAGCCGCAUUGGAAGCCUGCCCUCCGCUCGGCCGGGACCCGCGCUGGCGCGGGGGGCAGCGGUGGGCUCCCCGCGGGGAUGGGGCGCUGAAGGACUGGACUGAACGGAAUAAAUCCCGGUGUUUGUCCAUCGGCACCGAAGGGUUGGACCGAACGGAAUAAAUGCCGGUGUUUGUC